UGAUAAUUGAUGUACUAAUGUUAGCCCAAUUACCGGAGCCAACCCGCGGGGAGAGGCGGAAUCACGGAACGAUUGCAUACUGCGCGUCAUAGCAGCUUCGCGCGUGUUUACACCAAGUCACUCAGAAAACGGGUACCAAAAAUAGACAGAAGGAGAGUCGAGAGGAACUGUAGUGUUAGAGAGGGGGUCUUUCCCUACAGACUAGGUUUACUGGGGGGACUGAAGUCUUAUUUACCAACAGGGGCUGGGGCACGCCCAAAAUGGAGCGACAUCAGACAUAAGAUACGAAGAUGCCCUAGUAAGAUGGGAGUGGCCUUGAGGCCAUCACCAUGGUAACGUCGGCCUGAGGUCGGAGCGGAUGAGCAAGAAUCUCGGAGAAUCAAGCCAUUCCCGCGCUUCCGAAUCGCCCGCACUUAUCCCAGCCUCAAGUGACCGAAACCUUACUCCAACUGAUUAUGUCAACGAACAAAUCAGUGGAGUCAGCCAAGCCCAGUUUUGCAGCUCAGCCGCUAUCUUCAACCCUCAAAUUGAAAAAGUUCACCGCCAUGAAACAAACCUGCCCGAGCGACUUGCCACGCCUCUCACGCUCGUAACACUGCCAGAAGAAAAGCCAGUCACCUACCUCAAACCUGGUCGCGCGCCAAGCACUCAAACCCCAAUCAAACCUGUCAAGGGAAGCAACAUGGGUAACAUAUUUGGAAACAAGAAGAAAAAGAAACAUGUACAGAAAGAGGACGAAGAAGAAAUAUGGAAAAAGAUGGGCGCGAAUGAUUCAUCUACUUCGUUGCCACGUGAAGGAAAGAAGAAAAACAAGAAAUAUAAAGACAAGAAAUCGAAACGUGUGAAAACGCCAUCGCCUUCGAGAGGAGGGGAUGGAUCCCUUAAAGGGAAGGACCCCAAACGAUACGCAAUGUACGAGCCACAGUCCAAUUCGAAGGAACCUCAGACACAAACCGUUAGGUCACGUACUCUACCGGCACGAGUCGAUCCUUCGGAAUUUCGUAAAAGCAUCGGCGAUCCAAUGGACUUUCGAAUGGCGGACGAUGUGUCGUCUGCUGGAAGUCCAGGACAUGCCACGCCAGAAACAGCAACUCCGCCUGUUCAAAAGUCACCAGUUCCUAUUUAUAAAAAGAUCAACGUCAACCGAGACAAAAAGACUAAAGAGAGAAGCUUACCCAAUACGCCAAAGAUAAAUCGCAAUGAUACAACUGUAAAAUCUGGUGAUUCAAAUAGCGCUAAAGUCGCAGAAAUAAAACAGCCACAUCUUGUGCCAACUCCAGGAACUGGAAGUCCAAGGCCGAGGGGAUAUAUUCUGCCAUCACCGCCAAGCCGUCCUAAGUUUUAUUCGACGGAACCAGGGUCAGCGAGUCCAAAAUUACUGAGAGUACAACCUCAUAAAUUGGUGACGCUGAACACAAGUAGUGAUGACUCUAGUUAUUCUACCAAUGAAAAAGUUGCAUCAUUACGUGAUAAGUCAAAACAAAGGAAUACGCCUCAGUUAGACCAUGCUGGUCAAAUAAAUAAUAGCAGCAGAAAGGAUGUGCCUUGUUCGCGUAUGGCAUGCGCAGAAGACGCCGGUCUGGUUGGUUUGCAGCUCAGCAAACAGCACAGCUCAGACGCCGUAGACAUUGCUAUGCAAAAAGAAAACGAAGAAAAUGAGCGUAAUCUGAAACGAGAAGAACGCCGCAAAAUGGCGGGAGUUACAGAAAUAAAAACUGUGCCAAAGCUCGAACAAUGUCAGAAUAUUCGUGAAACUGUUGUUGAGGCAAUAGAAUCUCGUAUCACCGAGUCGGAGAAACACGAAGUUACAUCCGGGCCUAAAGUAGCCGUUCUUUCGACUAUUCCUCCUCCUGAGAAAGCUGUUUUGUCACAUGUACCUCCUCCUAGCCCCUCCGCCAUGGAUGCGUUGUGUGAGGAGAACGAAGAAGAUGAUGUGUAUGAUGAUGAAUAUGAUGAUGAUGAAAGUGACAAUCAUGUGACAUUGAGGAGAAGCAAGGAGGUCGAAGAAUUUGGCGGAAUUGUUUGUCAACGUUUAUCCCAGUUACUGGAAAGUCAGGAUGACGGGACACUUAAGUUACAGUUCGUUGAAACUAAUGGCCCUUCGUCGUCAUUGUCACCUUCUAGCCCAUGCAUGAUAAUGAGUGGCGGAAGUGACGUAGAUAGGGAACGAAUGGAAGAUGCAGGCCUUGGAUAUUCGAGUAUGUCUCCACCGAUAGAGACAGAGAAUCUGUAUAAAGAAAAAGCAAUUCAGAAGAACCUGUUGUGUGUCGAGAUGACAAAACCAUCGACUUUCUCAAAAAGACUAGAAAGGUCCUCCAUAUCCACCCGAUCUACUCAGGGAAGCAACUCAGCAUCGGAUUUGGAUGGGAGGGUCAAUAACAGUGAUUCCAAAUCAUCACGGUCACGUGAUUUUAUACGAGAUCGUCGUGAAAAUGAGAGUGACAUCAGUUCGUCGGAAGAGGAGAGUUCCUAUUCAAGUGAUUCGGAGUACUCGUCUUAUAUUUAUGAUGAGAAGCGGGAUCACGUGACCAGUUAUAGAGAAAAUGAAUAUUCAAUACCUUGGGAUUUACAUCGGUAUCCGCGGAGCGUAAGUUACACGUCCGAUGGUGUCGACAUAUCGGAAAGCGAACUAUAUUGUGAACCUGAAAUUCGAAACAAAAUCGACCAUGACCAGCUAAAUUCUAGAAAUUUCCGUAAAAGGAACGAACAAGAGAUAUCAGAUCGUGACGAAAUGUCCGACAAUAGGUGGGACGAGUAUGCAUAUGUCGAAAAUCAGAAGAAGGAUUCACAUUUUAACAAAAAUCGGCAGAUUUCUGUAGAGGAACUCCAUAUAGAGCCGACAAAUAUUAAACGACAACUAUUUCAACUGCCUACGCGUUUCUGUGAAAGUGACACCACUAGCGAAAUAAUGGAGGCCGAAAUUAAACCGUCAUUUAUUGAUUCCAGUGAAAAAGCAUCGUCUAAUAUUCCAAAACGAGGUUCAGAAAUAAUGAGUGACGUCAUAGAUGCAUACACAGCUGAGGAGUUGGCUGUUAUGAAACGAAACGCACCUAUAGUGCCUCCUAAACGCCAAUCAACGUUAAACGAAGAGGCAUUAAUAGAACAACCGACAAAACCAUCAGCCCUUGAUAAAUCGUUAAAGAAGAUAUUUAAUCAAGAGGAAGAAAUAGAUGAAAAAUAUCCGGAGUUAGCUCCCUUGCAUUCCCUCAUUAUGGGUGUGGAAGAGGGCACACCGUCUGUGGAGCCAUUUUUUGAAUUUCGACAAGGUCAGCUCCCAACAUUUACUCGCGUGCCGUUUGGAUCCCGAAAAUCUCUGGCUUGUUCCGAGUCCGAUCUGGACAUGUCUGAACAGCGCGAUGAUGUCAGCUCCGACAACAUGGACGCGGAUGACGAAGACGACGAAGAGGGAGGAAUCAUGGUGAUCGAUAGGAGAGAACUUGACGACGGGGAGGUGAUGUACGGAAGGUCAUACAAAGAACUGAACAGCCGUAUGGAUAUCAAAGUAAGUCAGAAGGUGUUAAACACAGCAUUCCGGGAGAGCGACGAUAACGACAGCGUCUUCCUCGACGAGGAUGACUCGGACGUCGGUCGACCUCGACCGACAAAAGCAUGGGCGCAUCGCAAAUUCGACAUUCCUCCUCCCCCUCCUGUGUUUGAUAUGCCACCCCCUUCCCAAAGCUCACAGCCUCCUCCUCCCUCACCCUCACCUUCACUGCAGCACGUGGCCCAACCCACCCUGGACCUGGCCUCGACAUACUACGCCAUUGGACCUCCCGCAGAGGUAGGGGGCGUGGCGUUUGAUGAUGCUAGGAAACAAAUGGAGGACAUACAUAUGCAGUUACAGACGCUCAGAGAUCAAAUGGUCCACAUGGAGGAGGACAACCCACAGUCACCAAGGUCAAAAAAGUCACAAAGGUCAUCGGGGUCAGUGGGGUCAGGUCAUGAAGCGAGUACCACAAGAGCAACGUUAACAGACUAACGUGCCUGUCAUGGGGUAUUUCCUCGAUCAAAAAGAGUCGUAAUGGAUAGUGAGGCCAGCGAAGGGGAGGAUUCCGUUUUUAUAUAAGGAGGCGAUCAAAGGAGAUGCGUACUUUUAUCCGGCAUUAUUCUCACCAACGAAAGUCCUGUGAACGGGGCCACCCUGGGAGAAGAACUGUUAUGUAUCGAGAUAUGUCUUGUAUUAAAGUGUGCCUGCUCAAAUAUCUGGAAAGACAGUGAGGCCCAUUAAGGGGUAUAUAUAGUGUCAUGUACAUUGCACUGUUUGCCGAGCGUAAAUGUCUUAGAUAGCCACGAGGAGCUUUGGAAAGAGGCUCCGCACAGGUUUAUUUUGGCUUAUAUAAAUAUGCCAAGGUCAACAUAUAUUAUUUAUCAAACGGUUGAUUACACUAUUAUUACUGUUCUGUUACGAUUUUUCCUAGUUGUGCACGCGUCUGUUGAUACGUCCGGUACUAUCAGAUACAUAUAUGGCGUGUAUUAUUCCAAAAUACAUUUACAAUAGCCUUGACUUUAUUAUAUUUAUGCAGUCUGGAAUAUUUUCCUAUGUACCACAUUUUGUAUUUUUAACUAGAUUUCCUCGACAUGUAUACGUAAGAAUAUAGAUAACAUUUGGACACGAGUUGAGUCAUUUUUACACAUUGUACUACAUCAACAAAACAAGAUACCAUCCAUCAUUUUAAGCUUCUCUAACCUUGCCUACCAUCAACAUCACCCGAAACUGCAUUAUUUGUUACAUCUGACAAUCCGUAUUAAAUUAACUGUUUUAUUUAGAUUAUACAAAAGUAAAUGAAAUAACGUUGAUUGGUUUAUCGGAUAUGUCUGCCUUAUCUGAAACCCUGUACUUUUAUCAUGCGUUUACCGUUAGCCGUGUCCAUGGAAACAAAAAAGCUGGUUGAAUUAGAUAACUUCAAUCCUGUAUAAUAUCAUACAUAGCAGCAACAACAGAACGAAGAACGUAAGGCUAUAUUGUGUAUAUGGCAGAAGGUUUGACCCGAGCAGAAAUGGAGAACUGAUUCUGUUCGCUUCCAAUAGAACCAGUUUCUGCUUAACCGCCGCCAAGAUUCAUUGGAUGGCAGUACCAAUGUCGAUAAGAUGAUUAUAAACGGCUUACAUUAAAGCUCCAUAAUAAAUACACAUAAUAUUCACCUUUUUAAAUAGUAUGUUGCAAGAAAAUGGAGGUAUGUCUCGUUUUAAAUAUUUCCAAGUGGAGAUAUAUUUCUGAGUUCUGCUCUACGAGACCUAUCAGCCGUUCAGAUUUUCGCAAAAACGUUUGAAAAUCAAACAGCACGUGUUUGAACAUAUAAAUAUUUGCAUACUUUAAAAUAUAAUUAAUUUGUAUAAAACGUUAAAUGAGGUUGGAUAAAGGUUCAUUCCUUAAAAUAAAUGUAAAUAUGGCUUUUAAUAUUUCACUUAAAGUUUGGAAAUCAUAUUAAUUAAAGCUUGGUUUUGUGAUAAAUAUAAUUACGAUCAAUAUCGCCACCGAGAUAAAUGUAACAGGUUAACUAUUCUUAGAGCUAAUAUGACUUUCUAGGACAUACCGGGGCGUCAAUAUGGCGCUAGGUGAAGAUGUGAAUGUGGUGGUGCUUAAACUUGAGGUCCAAAAUCCUUAACCAGCAGGCACGGUUGAGUUGUGCAUCGAAUCGAUGUAGUAGUUAGCUCCCUUUGUCUUUUGGCUCGGUAAUCCGUCUAAGCUUGCGUGCUGACAGAGGUAUGUUACCCACCCUUGAUAUCCAUUAUUUCAUUGAUUGAUCGUGGAUCAUGUUUGUACUAUUAUUUUUACAUCGCAACGUCAGUCCCAUUGAAUUUUAUUGAUAUCUUUAUCAAAUUGUGUGUACUCCGAGAUAUUUACGUAUUCAUGCCUAUUGAUAGUACUAUCAGGAACUAGAACUAUAAGUGCACAUUGGGUGACCUCCAUAUGUGGUGUGUGCUCGGUUAUAUAAAUGUUAAGAUAAUCCGUCAAAUUCGAUAUGUUUUAUAUAUGUAAAUGAGCCGUUCUAAUCGCACAGCCCACGUAACGGAAGGCCCAACUGAUUGUGACGAUAGUGUCCAGUUUGCCUGAGUCGAAUAACUUGUAAAAUACGUUUGAAAUGUAUACAUCGUGUGUGUGAAAUAUUGCUAUAAUUGUUAAUGAAUAUAAAACUAAAAAAAUCUUUAAUAAAAUAAACA